GGCGCAGACAGCAGACCAGAAUGGAGAACUACAUCGAGAUGUCUCACAAAUGGGGGGCGGAACUUAUCGAGAGUCUGCAGACCAGCAUGCCGGGUAGAGGACGGAUGUUUAUGCAGAUUUCGGACAUCGGCGAUCCUGGCCUGGCCUUCACUUUGUACUUCCCUGUGGUGGUGGCUCUUCAUGCGGGCGUGGGCGUGAGGCUGAUGUGGUCGAUUAUCUUCUGCGAGUGGUCGAAUAUGAUCCUCAAGUGGUGCAUAGCAGGUGACAGGCCGUACUGGUGGGUGCACGAGACGCCCGUGUACGCCCACCGCAGGCCGCCCGUGCUCAUGCAGUACCCGCGAACGUGCGAGACGGGCCCGGGCAUGCCUUCGGGUCACGCCAAGCUGAAUGCCGCCAUGUUCUAUAUCCUGGUGUCCGCGUUCAACGAGAUGGUGGUCAAGAACACGACGCUCUUGAGCCAGAAACAGCGGGUGUGGGCGGCUCGUGGGCUGUGGGCGGCUUACGGAAUCUGGAUGAUGCUGGUGCUGAUCUCAAGGACGUACAUAGCCGCCCACUUCCCGCAUCAGUGCGUGGCAGGCGCUCUCAUAGGUUUGCUGAUGGCCAUGAUGGUAUCUCGCAUGCCGGUCUUGCAACAUCUCACGCGCCGGCAGUACGUGGCACUAUCUCUCACCAUCAUUGUCUCUGUCCUGGGAAUCUACUUCAGCGUCAGAACCAUCGGGGGCAACGUGCUCUGGUCGCUCGAAAAGGCCAUCAAGUGGUGCGUGAAGAGAGAGUACAUCCACAUCGACUCUACUCCUUUCUACUCCUUCUCGCGUUACUCCGGAGUCUCGCUCGGUCUCGGUCUCGGUCUCUCUUCGUCGUGGUUCAAGAAAGCGGCCAAGUCGAGAUUCAGCACCAACAUGAUCGCGUCCUUAGCCGUGCUCAACUUCGCCACGAGCCAGAUCGGCGUCAUCGUGCACAGAUCCCUCUCGCCCGCCAUGUUUGGGUGGUACGUUGCAGAAUUCACUCUCAAUUGCACCGUGACCUUCAUGCUGGUGGCCGCCCUUCCAAAUUUCGUCAGGGUCGUGUACAAUGCACGUGCGGGCGACAAGUACAAGAAGAAGUGAAGAGGGGGUGGGCGUACGUAGGUGUUUGUUGCCUGUAUGGGGGGCGGGUUUUCUGCGUACUGUGCGUGCUCGAAGUGAGAGAGAGAGAGUGUGGAGGGAGGAUUUUCGUAUUUUCCUUCGCUCUCCUCCUCAUGCUACUUUUCUGACUCUGCCUAUCCUUUUAUUACUUUUUCCUUUUUUUCUUUUCUUUUUUUCCUGCUUCUUCUUUCUUUUCCCCUCUUCUUUAUCAUCUUGUUUCUUCUUAUGUUUCAUUUCUUUCUCCUUCUUCUCCUACAUCUAUUUUUCUUCUUCUUCUUCUCCCUUUUCUUAUUUUUGGAUUGGUGUUGAAAGAUUUUUUUCUUAAUUUCUUAGUGUUUGAAUUUUCCCACCUUUGUUAUUCUUGUGAGAUUCACGUAUCAUUGUAACGCUAUGUUAUUAAAACAAAUAUAUAUAUAA